UGUCCCGUUAUGAUGACGUACUUAUGGUCGGUGUUUACCAUGGCGGCUGUCUGCUAAAUGACUGAAAAAAUGCGGGUAUUAUUGUUGAAAGAGCAGCCAUAGUUUUACAAAAAAAAGUCAUAAGAUAUUUCUUUCAUAAUGAACAACAGAACAUCUUAUUUUUACGACCCAGAUGUAGGCAACUUUCAUUACGGUACUGGCCACCCCAUGAAGCCUCACCGUUUGUCUCUGACUCACAGUCUUGUGUUGCACUAUGGGCUGUACAAGAAGAUGAUGGUUUUUAAGCCAUACAAAGCAUCUCAGCACGACAUGUGUCGGUUCCACUCUGAAGACUACAUCGACUUCCUACAGAAGGUCAGCCCCAACAACAUGCAGGGCUUCACAAAGAGCCUUAACACGUUUAAUGUGGGAGAUGACUGUCCUGUCUUUCCAGGUCUUUUUGAGUUCUGUUCAAGAUACACAGGAGCCUCUUUACAGGGAGCUACACAGCUAAACCACAAGAUCUGUGACAUUGCCAUCAACUGGGCUGGAGGAUUGCAUCAUGCCAAAAAAUUUGAGGCAUCUGGGUUUUGCUACGUCAAUGACAUCGUCAUCAGUAUACUGGAGCUACUCAAAUACCACCCUAGGGUUCUGUACAUUGACAUAGACAUUCACCAUGGCGAUGGCGUCCAGGAGGCCUUUUACCUGACAGACCGAGUCAUGACGGUGUCCUUCCACAAAUAUGGGAACUACUUUUUUCCAGGAACAGGCGACAUGUACGAGGUUGGAGCUGAGAGCGGUCGGUACUACUGCCUCAACGUUCCUCUGAGAGACGGCAUUGACGACCAGAGCUACAGGCAGCUAUUCCAGCCAGUUAUUAAACAGGUCGUGGAUUUCUACCAGCCAACCUGCAUUGUCCUACAGUGUGGAGCAGAUUCUCUGGGCUGUGACAGACUGGGCUGCUUCAACCUCAGUAUACGAGGACAUGGUGAGUGUGUGGAGUUUGUGAAGGGUUUUAAGAUUCCUCUGUUGGUCUUGGGAGGAGGAGGAUACACAGUGAGGAAUGUGGCUCGCUGCUGGACCUAUGAGACAUCUCUGUUAGUGGACGAAUCCAUCAGUGAUGAGCUGCCUUAUAGUGAGUAUUUUGAGUACUUUGCUCCAGACUUCACGCUGCAUCCUGACGUCAGCACCAGGAUAGAAAACCAGAACUCCAGACAGUACUUGGAGCAGAUUCGCCAAACAGUGUUUGAGAACUUGAAGAUGUUGAACCACGCUCCCAGCGUCCAGAUCCACGACGUCCCCUCUGACAUGCUGAGCUACGAACGCAACGAUGAGCCAGAUCCUGACGAGAGAGGGGCCGAGGAAAACUACACCAGACCAGAGGCAGCCAACGAGUUCUACGAUGGUGACCAUGACAAUGACAAAGAGAGUGAUGUGGAAAUUUGACCAAUGAGAAUGAGGCUGCAUCAGCUACAGACGUCACACUUUCACUUCAGAUUACAAAACAAAUGUAAACACCUCUGGAGGGACAGAGAAGACAGUUGAGCUCUGCCUUUAUUCUCAGUAGGUUCUGUUUUCUAGAAGUUGUCAGUCCACUUCUGGUUGUUCCACCAGCAUAGCUCAUCAGGACAUGUGUUGUCAGCACUAGUCUCACACAGCAGCAGUCCCAUUUUUGAGUCAUGUUAUUAGCAGACAGGAAGAGUCCAGAUUCCACACACAGUACAUCAGCUGCUUUGUCUGUGUGAGAAGAUCACAGGAUGCGAUGUCCCUUCUUUUCAUUUUAGUGUCAGUAUCUGGCCUCAAAACAAACCUCUUUCCUGUAUGUGCACACAUUCAAAUAUCUAGAUUUUUUUUUCUUUUUUACAUUUUUACCAAGUGUAUUUUUGAUCAUUUUAUCAUAGCAAUGCUAUUUAGCUAUUGCAAUAGAAAGUCACCUGUAAAUUAUUUCUGUCAAAUGAAUUGAACUUU